AUGGACGCCGAUGUCGAUGCGAUCGACAUCGACAUCGAUGGUGAUGAUGACGACGGUGCUGGUAUUUUCAGCAUCGCCAAUGACUGCCAAAGUGAGGACGAAGACGCCCUCAUUGGUGAAGACAACGUUCUUUCAGCAGUGCACACGAAGUGCACUGCUGUUGACAAGGAUGAAUCAGCAGAGGAAUUUCUGCUGACUCGCGAAGCGGUUGUCCGCUUCGUUCGAGACUCUGUUGCAGAUGCACUAGACAGACAGAAGAGAAAUGCAGACAAACAUGGAAGAGCAAAUGUUCUUUCAUUUGAUGAAGGAGACCUAGUUUUACUGUCCACAUUAAACUUACCGAAACACGCAGUGACAAACGUGGGCAGCAAUAAAUAA